GUCACCAGGCAUCAGGUCAUUUGGCUCGCCAGCGGGCACCGCGUCAUCUGGCAAGGCAGUGGGCACCGAGUCACCAGGCACGACAGUGGGCUCCGAGUCAACUGGCAUUGGAUCGUCUGGCCCGACAGCGGGCAUCGGGUCACCAGGCAUGACAGCGGGCACUGGGUCAUCAGGUACCGGAUCGUCUGGAUCGACAGCGGGCAUCGAGUCAACUGGCCUAAUGGAAUCAUCAGGCUGGAUCAGUUCAUCAGGCUGAAUGGAGGCAUCAGGCUGGGUAGAGGCCUCAGGCUGAAUGGAGGCAUCAGGCUGAAUGGAGGCAUCAGGCUGGGUAGAGGCAUCAGGCUGGGUAGAGGCAUCAGGCUGAAUGGAGGCAUCAGGCUGAAUGGAGGUAUCAUCAGGCUGGGUAGAGGCAUUAGGCUGGGUAGAGGCAUCAGGCUGGGUAGAGGCAUCAGGCUGGGUAGAGGCAUCAGGCUGAAUUGUGGGCGCCGAGGCACCAGGCUG